UGGGAGAGGCGUUAGUUUUACAAAAAAAAUAACCGUGGAGUAGAGUUUCUAAGGUGACAGAUCACUUGCUAUGUCAAUUAGCUAAAUGACUGAAAUCCAAGAAAACUCAAACUUUCCAUUGAGUCUAUAUUAAAAUAACUUUUAUAGCUUACUGAUAUUUUGCUAAUGUCAAUAUAGUACUUGAACCUAUUUACUUACUACUACUGCAAUUAAAUGCAGAGUUCUCAUUCUCUAAAUUGUUGCUUCCAUUCUGCCUAAAAUAGAAACUCUUAUACACAGUCUAAUUGCCAAACAUAGUAGCUUUAUUGGCUUAAAGUCAAUAAUAGGGCGGCGCAAUGGAGAAACUAGCAUACUAGGGUGGUGGAGGCUGUGGAGAGGUUAUGCAGCAUAAUUUUGAUAUGUAUCAUUUAGCUUGUCUCCCUAUACAACAACCAUAUAAAGUUCACCUCUCUUCUAGAAAGUUUGUCUCCCUAUACAACAACCAUAUAAAUUCACCUUUCUUGUAGAAGGUUAGAGUUCUAAACAUCAUAUAUCUAGAAAUCACUAUUUGUUUAAAACAUUUAUUUGCUACUUACACUAUUAUCAGUAUAAUAAGAUCUGGCCUUUUUAUAAGAAAUGAUUCCGAAAGUUCAUGAUGGCCUUGAAAUGGCUAUGGCUAGGAAUGAGAGUGGCGAAAACCUUGAGAAAUGGAAGAAACGUAUGCAUGUUUUUGGUGAAAGGCUUAAAAGGUUUCCGUGUUUAGCUUGGAAGACUACAUGGAAGGUGGGAUAUGAUGACCCAAGAAGGGUGAUCCAUGCAUUCAAAGUUGGUUUAUCUCUCACUCUUGUAUCAUUAUUAUUUCUAUUGGAGCCACUCUUUAAAGGAAUUGGCGAGAAUGCUAUUUGGGCUGUCAUGACCGUCGUCGUGGUGUUCGAAUUCACCGCAGGGGCAACUUUAUGCAAAGGGAUGAAUAGAGGAUUGGGGACAUUAUUAGCAGGGUUAUUGUCAUUUCUUCUUGAUUAUGUUGCAAAUGAAUCUGGUCAGAUCCUUCAAGCUGUUUUCAUUGCAUUUGCAGUUUUUAUAAUAGGAUCUGCAACCACAUAUAUGAGGUUCAUUCCCUAUAUAAAGAAGAGUUAUGAUUAUGGUGUGGCUAUCUUUCUCUUGACAUUCAAUUUGUUAACUGUUUCAAGUUACCGAGUUGAUAAUGUCGUGAAGAUGGCACGUGACCGCUUCUAUACCAUAGCCAUUGGCUGUGCCAUUUGCCUUUUCAUGAGUCUUUUAGUAUUUCCAAAUUGGUCCGGGGAAGAUCUACGUCAUUCCACAGCUUUCAAACUUGAAGGCCUAGCCAAAUCUAUAGAAGCUUGUGUCGGUGAAUAUUUUAAUGGAGAAAUUGAAGUUUCUGGUGAUAUAAAAUCAUGUGAUGAUUCAAUAUACAAAGGUUAUAAAGCAGUUUUGGAUUCAAAAUCCACUGAUGAAACAUUGGCAUUACAUGGAAGUUGGGAGCCAAGGCAUUUUAGGUACUGUCACAAAUUUCCAUGUCAACAGUAUGUAAAAGUUGGAACUGUUCUUCGUCAAUUCGGGUAUACAGUGGUAGCUCUACAUGGUUGUUUGAGAACAGAAAUUCAGACACCAAGAUCUGUUCGAGUCCUGUUCAAGGACCCUUGCAUAAGACUAGCAGCAGAGGUAUCAAAAGUACUAAUAGAACUUGCCAACAGCAUAAAAAGUAGGCGCCAUUGCUCACCAGAAAUUCUCUCCGAUAAUCUUCGUGAAGCAUUGCAAGACCUCAACACUGCCAUAAAAUCACAGCCACGACUCUUCUUAGGCUCCAAUGACAUCCAAGCUAACAACAUGCUCGCCACCAUAGCUUCUUCUCAUGGAAAGAGCUCACUCUCAAGUGUUAAAACCGAUUCUUCAGCUUUGUUAGAUUGGAAAACCAAAAGUGUAUCAGCUGAACAGACAAUGGAAGCCGAACAAUUACAAGAACGUAAGGCAUUGAGAAGCCAGAUGAGUAAAAUUGUUAUUACUAGUCUUGAGUUUUCUGAAGCAUUGCCUUUUGCUGCUUUUGUUUCAUUGCUUGUGGAAACCGUGGCGAAACUGGACUUAAUAAUUGAUGAAGUUGAAGAACUUGGUCGGUUGGCAUGUUUCAAAGAGUAUAGACAUGGUGAUGAAUUUUCUGUUAGAUGUGAGAAACCAAGAGUUGAUGUGAUGGACAACCAUUUCCCUUCUCAUGGAGGAGAUUGAGUUUGAUAAAGAGCAAGGAAAUACAUUAUUUUCAUGAUAUAUAAUAUCGAUUAUUUGCUAUUCUAUAUUUGAUUGUGAUGAUUCAUAUUUUAGACUAUGUUUUAUCAUCAGAUAUUUUUAUACUUCAUUUUUUCUUA